AUGAGGGGCCCCGGGGGGUCUUCGCCGGCCCGGCUCAACCCCAACCGGCCCGGGAACAAGCCGGGCCUGGGGUUGCCCCCCCAAUAUGUCGCGGAUGACAUCGAAGUCUACAAUGACUCCACCGACACCGAGAAGCAGCACCAGAAAGAUUCUGUCCCUGAAGAUGACCCCUUUGGAAAUGAAGAAUCCGGGGAAGUCAAGUAUCGAGUCAUGAAGUGGUGGCAAGCUGGAAUGCUUAUGGUUGCCGAAAACAUCUCGCUUGGUAUUCUAUCUCUUCCAUCUGCUGUUGCCACUCUUGGAAUUGUCCCUGCAUUCCUCAUUCUCCUCGGUCUCUCUGGUAUUUCCUGGUAUACUGGAUAUGUUAUGGGCCAGUUCAAGCUGCGCUUCCCCCAGGUGCACAGUAUGGGUGAUGCCGGUGAACUCCUUCUAGGUCCCAUCGGGCGAGAAGUUUUCUUCGUCGGCCAGCUGCUGUUCAUCAUCUUUUUGAUGGCCAGUCACAUCCUUACAUUCUCCGUGUUGUUCAACACUAUCACCGACCACGGCACCUGCACCAUCGUUUUUGGUGUUGUCGGCCUGAUUUUUUGUUGUAUUGCCGCAUUGCCACGUACCUCUGGAAAGGUAUUCUAUAUGUCGACCGUUUCCGCUUCGAGGCCCCCCGAUAAUGUUCAAAACGAUAUCACGACCGAUGUCUCCUUUGUGGACGCCUUCCUUGCUGUCACCAACAUCGUUUUCGCCUACAUUGCCCAUGUGUCUUUCUUCGGUAUCAUGUCUGAGAUGGAGGAUGCGCGCGAGUUCCCGAAGGCCCUCGCUAUGCUGCAGGUUGUUGAUACCACGAUGUACAUUGUUACGGCCAUGGUUAUCUACUGCUACGCAGGACCCGAUGUGAAGUCUCCGGCUUUGUCGUCAGCCGGCCCGCUUAUGAAGAAGGUGGCUUACGGCCUGGCUAUUCCAACCGUCGUUGUUGCGGGUGUUGUAUUUGGUCACGUUGCUUGCAAGUACAUUUAUGUACGCAUCUUCCGUGGCGAUCGCUCCCACCACAUGCACCAAAACAGCCCUCUCGCACUCGGAACCUGGGUUGGUAUUGCCCUGAGCACUUGGACCAUUGCAUGGAUCAUCGCUGAGUCGAUUCCCGUGUUCAACGACCUGCUCAGUUUGAUCAGUGCCCUGUUUGGCAGUUGGUUCAGCUAUGGACUUCCCGCCCUAUUCUGGAUUGUUAUGAACAAGGGACAGUUGACGGCCAACUGGAAGAAGAUCACUCUACUGAUCAUCAACCUCAUCAUCUUGGCAAUUGCCUGCGCUAUCUGCGGUUUGGGACUUUACGUCUCGGGCAAGUCGAUCAACGAAAGCUCGUCCAAGGCUACCUGGACUUGCGCCAACAACGCCACUUAG